UAUGGUGCAGAGGUUGAAGAGAAGCUGAUGAACCACCUCCUGAACCCUGAGAGAUACAAUAAGCUGAUCCGGCCGGCUAAGAACAACUCUGAGCUUGUCACGAUUGUCUUCCAGGUCUCACUGGCACAGCUCAUCAAUGUGAACGAACGCGAACAGGUAAUGACGACGAAUGUUUGGUUAAAACAGGAGUGGGUGGAUUACCGGCUCAGGUGGAACCCCGAGGAGUUUGAAGGGAUCAGCAAGCUAAGGAUCAACUCCAAGCUCAUCUGGCUGCCAGACAUCGUCCUGUAUAACAAUGCAGAUGGAACCUAUGAAAUCUCCCUGUACACCAACGCCAUCAUUUGGAACAAUGGGAGCAUCUACUGGCUGCCACCUGCCAUCUACAAGAGCGCCUGCAAGAUCGAAGUGAAGCAUUUCCCCUUCGACCAGCAGAACUGCACCAUGAAAUUCAGGUCCUGGACCUACGACCACACAGAAAUAGAUCUCGUCCCCAAAACCGCCAGUGCAAGCAUGGAUGAUUUCACGGCCAGCGGGGAGUGGGACAUCGUGUCACUACCAGGCAGAAGGAACACAAAUCCAAUGGACCCAUCAUAUAUUGACGUGACGUACGACUUCAUCAUUAAGAGGAAACCUCUCUUUUACACCAUCAACCUGAUAAUACCAUGUAUACUGAUAACCUCGCUAGCUAUUCUAGUGUUUUACCUGCCAUCAGACUGCGGUGAGAAAAUGACCUUGUGUAUCUCUGUGUUACUGGCUCUCACUGUGUUUCUGUUGUUGAUCUCUAAGAUCGUCCCACCAACCUCCUUAGAUGUCCCACUAAUUGGGAAGUACCUCAUGUUCACUAUGGUCCUGGUGACAUUUUCUAUAGUGACCAGUGUCUGCGUGCUGAACAUUCACCACCGUUCCCCCAGCACGCACACCAUGCCCCAGUGGGUGAAGAUCAUGUUCCUCGAGAGGCUUCCAACCCUGCUGUUUAUUAAAAGGCCUCAAAACAACUGCAAUAAACAAAAGUCGACCCAUCACAGGAAGAACAAUCUCUCUGCUGCUCAGACAAAUCCAGAAGAGAACACCAUACACUCGACCUUCUUUAUCAACCCAACGCCUUCCAAAGUCUAUGACCUGAAUGUGAUAGAGGCACCUGACGGAUUUAGUUGCCGACAAGACUUGAGACUAAGAACUUCUGCAAAACUUUCCCUGGAGCUGCAGGAAGCCAUCGAAGGGGUGAAAUUCAUUGCAGACCAUGUGAAAACUGACGAUGAGAAUCAGAGCGUAAAUGAAGACUGGAAGUAUGUAGCGAUGGUGGUGGACCGGCUGUUCCUCUGGAUCUUCAUUGUGGUUUGCAUUUUGGGGACAGUUGGAUUAUUUCUGCAACCGUUCUGUGAAGCACACCACCACUGA